AACUUUAAUUAGCAACAUGUUAGCAAAGUCUGGAUUCAAAAUUGUAUUGAACGGCUGUUUAAACGAUAGAGGAGAUAAUUUAGCGCACUACUUUAGUCGUCAAGGAGACGUCAUUGACUUAAUAGCCUUGAAAGAGGUUAUUAAUGACGACAAUCGACAUCUAUUAUUAGAUUACAAUUUCAGUCAGAGACAGUGUGUUCAUAUUGUCGUCUGUGAAGACAAAGUAAAUGCCAUCAAGAAAUUAAAAGUACUCUUAGAAAUGGGUGCCGACAUCAAUGGCCAGGAAAGGAAAGGUGGCAACACACCUUUGCACCUUGCUGUGCAUUCCAACAACUAUAAAUUAGUUAAAUGGUUGUGCAAGCAGCCCUCAAUCAACAAAACAGCUCUCAAUUAUGCUCAGAAGACACCCCAUGAUAUUGCCAUUGAACGUAUUGAAAAGAAAAUUAAUAACGCACUGAUGGAGCAGAAGAAGUGGUACAAAAUUAUGCAUCCAUCAGGUGCUGAUUUAUCAGAAGAAGAGUAACGAGCACGGUAUGAAGUUCCAAAAUUUUAAGAGACCAGAUUAUUUAGUGAUGAGUGAAAAUGUGUUCUGAUGCUUGAUUGUAAAGUGACGUAACUAGUUUUUUAGUCUGUUAAGUAUUUGUUUUCUGGUUUUCAUAUGAUUUCAUGUAAGUUUUGUUGCUCAUCUGUGUCUAGUGUAAAUGUUUUGUAAAUUAACCAUGUAAUUAGGUAACUGAAUAUUUCAUGCUAUAAUUAUGCUAUGUUGUUUGUAUCUUAACUCUUUGUGUUUUCGAUUAUUCUAAGAAAUUUAAAUAUGUUUAUUAUAAGAUUGGUCUAUUGCCCGGAAAAAAUCGUGGCUGCUGCAGCUGUUGUUAAAAUUACUUCAAAUUGGUGUAAAGAAAUGCUUUUACUCAUUUGAAAUAACUGGGACUACACAUGUAGUGACGCCAACUACAGUUAUCAUGUUUACUAGAAUAUUUAGUAGUUAGAGCUGCGUAUAAUAUACCUUUUACUUCAUACUGGACUACCCGCUACUACAUUGUUUUACCCCAAUAUUAUGGUUUUUAGGCACCACAAUUUUUUUCCGUAGUCUUAGUAAUUAAUUACUCUAUAAGAAUCUUUAACAACAUAUAUAUUUUUUGUCAAAAUAAACUUACUAAUAACCAUUGUUCACUUAUUAUUUAAAAUAAUGUUUUAUCUUUUUGACAUAAUUGGGAUAAAUGGAUAAACAAAUUUUUGUCCUCCAAUUUUGCCUAGAAAAUUCGGUAGUUAUGGGAUAAAGCAGGUGAUGUUUUUAUUAUGACCUCUCAGCGGUCAACUCACUGCACAAUUUUUUGCUGCAAUUAAAAAACUGGUAAAUUGAUACUAAGAUGGAGUGAGUCCAAGAAUAUAGAUCGACGUCUUACUCACAUGUUUAUCGCAAGACGCAUAUAAUAAAUCGCUUCUAUUAUUAACUUCUAUUAUUAUUUUG